AUGAAGCUCUGUGCCUGGGCUGGAGCCUGGUGUCUCCUGCCUUUCUUGGUUCUUCUGACUGUCCUCCACAUCAAAGCAGACCAGCAUCAACCCAGGGAGAGACACUAUUACAUUGCAGCUGUUGAGAUAGACUGGAACUACUCUGGGAAUGACACACACAGGCUUGGUCCAACCUAUAAGAAAGUGGUCUUUCGGGAAUAUGAGAAAGACUUCAGACAGGCUAAGACUCAUCCCUCCUGGUUAGGCCUACUUGGACCCACACUAAGGGCAGAAGAGGGAGAGACGAUUGUAGUCACUUUCAGAAACAUGGCAAAUGGACUGUAUAGCAUCCAUCCACAUGGAGUUGCCUAUGGGAAGCAGUCAGAGGGAGCCAACUACUUUGACAACACAUCACAGAAAGAGAAAGAGGAUGACAUAGUGCUGCCUAACAGUGAACAUGUUUACUACUGGGAGGUGACAUCAGAAGUUUCUCCACAGCCAAAUGACCCUACCUGUCUCACCUACACCUAUAUCUCCCACCAAAAUGUUGUCGAGGACUACAACUCUGGCCUCAUUGGUACUUUACUCAUCUGCAAGCCUGGCAGUCUGAAUGAGUCGGGAAAACAGGUCGCUGUUGAUCAGGAGUAUGUGUUCCUUUUUGGGGUUUUUGAUGAGAAAGAGAGCAAGUACAAACCAGACAGCCAUGCUUCAGAUAACCAUGUCAAAUACACCAUCAACGGAUUCACAGAAGGAUCGCUCCCUGAUGUCAGUCUGUGUGCCCAUGCCUCUGUGAGCCUGCAUCUUGUAGGUAUGAGCUCAGAGCCUGAGGUAUUCUCAGUGCAUAUGAAUGGGCAGGUGCUGCAGCAUAAUGGGCAUAAAGUGUCAUCAGUAGGCCUGAUCAGUGGCUCCUCUACCACUGCCACCAUGGUGGCUCUCCACAAAGGCCGCUGGCUACUCUCCUCACACACCAUCAAGCACAUGGAAACCGGCAUGCAUGGUUUUGUGGAUGUGAAAAAGUGUGAUGGCUUCGAAGCACCCCGCCGAAGGAUGACCAUUGAACAAAAACGACACAGCAGGGAGUGGAAAUACUAUAUUGCUGCUGAGGAAAUCGUCUGGGACUAUGCACCUAACAUGCAUGAACAUAUUGACGAGGACUUCAAGUUCCAGUAUCUGAGACAGUCAUCAACACGUAUAGGUGGAAAGUACAAGAAGGCAGUCUACACGCUGUACAAAAAUGAGUCAUUCAUUGAAAGGUUAGAGACCAAGCAAAGGAAAAAUGAGCUUGGGAUCUUGGGCCCAGUGAUCAGAGCGCAGAUCAGAGAUGUUAUCAAGAUUGUUUUUAAGAACAUGGCUUCCAGGCCCUACAGCAUCUAUCCACAUGGACUGACAAUAGAGAAGUCGGAAGAGGGAGUCAACUACCCAGCAGGAGGCAACCAGUCUCAUGGUGUUCAGCCAGGUGAGACAUACACCUACAUAUGGAGAGUAGUUGAAGAGGAUGAGCCUUUGGAUGGAGACUCUCGAUGUCUGACACGAGUGUACCAUAGUGCAGUGGACACACCACGUGACAUUGCCUCAGGACUGAUCGGACCGAUCCUCAUCUGCAAGAGUCAGUCCCUCAAUGUCAGGAAUGUGCAGCUGAAAUCAGACAAGGAGCAGCAUGCCAUGUUUGCUGUGUUCGAUGAGAACAAGAGCUGGUACCUGGAAUACAACAUUCGCCAAUAUUGUGAUCGAUCCAAAGUCAACAAGGCAGACCCAGACUUUUAUAAGUCCAAUGUCAUGCACACAAUUAAUGGUUAUGUGUUUGAGAGUGGCCCUCUCUUGGGCUUCUGCAAUGGUGAGGUUGUAACAUGGCACGUGUCCAGCAUUGGAGCACAGGAGUACAUCCAAACAGCGACAUUCUACGGCCAUACCUUUGAGCUGAAUGAGCGAACAGAGGACUUUCUCAGCCUCUACCCCAUGACUGGAGAGACCAUCAAUAUGAACAUGGACAACAUUGGUGUCUGGCUUCUGUCCUCCCUAAAUUCCCAUGAGACAACCAAGGGAAUGCGUGUAAAGUUUCAAGAUGUUGAGUGCUAUCGUGACUAUGAAUAUGAGUACAGUGACGAUGAAGAUCCAGCAUUACACAAAGAAUUUACUGUGUGGAAUCCUCUGAGCUUGGAUGAAAUCAAGAAGGAAGAAGAGAAGCCUGAACCUGUGAAAGAAGCACCAGCAGAAAUAGAUAUUUACACAGAAAUGUUUGCAGAGGAAUUAGGUCUCAGAUCGCUGAAAAACCAGUCUAGUAUCUCCGAUGUGGAGGAGCUGGACCUCUCUUUCCUCGACUAUGAUGCUAUUGAUGUGCUUGAGAAAGACACAGAUAUGUCCCUUAAUUUCACAGAUGAAAAGGGGAAAAUUGAGACCUCUAUUCCAAAAUCAAAUGCACUAAAUGAGACAUUAUUCCCAAAUUUGAAAGAGGCAGAUACACUAAACCUUACAGCAGUUAAUCUUCAAACACAAAGCAUCAGAGAUAAUUCAAUACAUAUGCAGAACAGUAGUAUGCCAUCAACAACAGCAAUAGUUCAUAAUACAACGGCAUUAUCAGUGGUUGGAAAUGUAUCCAAACAAAUUACCAAUUUUACUGCAACAUUACAAGGAAAUUCCAGUUCCCUCUUGGAGACUGAAAGAAUGAAUGUAACACUGACUGGUGAUAACCAGACUUCUGUGGACAGAAACUUGGCAGAAGGCUCUGAGGAGAGACUCACCAGAGGGGAUGUGUUCUUUUACUCUCCUCUAUCCAAUUUGAGCACCAAUAAUCUCCACAGUACACCAGAGGGCAAUGUCACCUCUCUGUCCCAUAGCACAAAAGAGAAGGAUGAGAAUAACACAGCAACUAACCACGUUGACGUGUCAGUAGAUGAAACAAACCAUUCAUUGUGCAUUCCAGUGGCUGAUGUUGGAAAGGGUGGCAUCAGCACCACAAACAGAUGCAAUUUGACCAUCUUUGAGUUGGAGGUGGAGAGCACAGACAACAACACCAGUGACAGCAACUUCCUAAACACCACAGCAGAGCCAGCAGAGUAUAGACUUCAAAAGAAUUCCUCUGAAAUUGUGACAUAUCCAACCAAUUCCAGCCUUGAAAACAUAACGCAUAUUUUCUUCGAAGCAGGGCCAUUACCGAAUGUCACAGUGACUAAGUCCAUAUCAAAUUCAUCAGGGGAGAUUAGUUUAGAGAGUACAGAGAAUGUCACGGCUCUUCAUGCCAAGUUGAACCACACAUCUUCUGUGCUAAGUUUUUCCAAUGACACUAUGGUUUCAGGGAACCUGUCCCUCUCCAGCGAUGCAGUAAGAGAGAAUAAUUCUGGCGAGCUAAGUGCCUCAGACAGCAGUGAAGAAGUGUUUAUCUACCUAAAAGAAAACAAUACAGAUUUUAUUAAAACCACCUCCGUCCAAAUACAAGGGCACAACUGGACUUACGAAGAAGCUCACCAAAGGGUACCAAUGGAGAUUCCUGAUUACAUGAAGAAAUAUUUUGAGAAAGAGACCCCUCAAACAACACCAACUCCUAAAAAGAUCAGGAAGGUGAGCCUACGGCAGAGACCCCAGAAGGGCCAAGGCAUGAAAACAAAGAAGAGGAAGGAUUACAAGGCUCAGGCCAGGAGUGGCUUACCAUUCUCUCCUCGUGGAUUCAAUCCAGGCAUGACCCCGCGUGGGUCACGACCCCUUGCCCCACAACCUGUUUCUGAUGAGGAGGAGCUCAUUAACAUGCCUGUGGUCAUUGGUGUGCCCCGACCCGAUUUCAGUGACUAUGAGCUAUAUGUUCCUGGGGAUGAACCAGAUCAUCUAGGUCUGGAUGAGCAAAAUGUGAAAGAUGAUGAAUAUGAAUAUGUGAUGUACAAAGACCCCUACAGCAGUCGUGAAGACAUCAAGAAUUUCAGCGUGGAUGAGACGACUAAAUACUACUUAAAAUUCUCAGGCCCAAAUGUCAAGAUUCAUUUCAUUGCUGCAGAAGAGGUUGAGUGGGACUUUGCUGGCUAUGGACAGAGGAGGCAAGACAAGUCGCAACAAAAGAGUCGAGAAACUAAGUUCACCAAGGUGGUUUUCCGUAGUUACAUGGACAGUAGUUUCAGCACACCUGAAAUCCGUGGAGAAAUAGAUGAGCAUCUAGGCAUCCUGGGACCUGUCAUCAAGGCAGAAGUUGGACAAAGCAUCAUGGUGGUGUUCAGGAACAACGCCAACCGCCCAUACUCCUUACACCCAAAUGGCGUUUCCUAUACCAAGCAGACAGAGGGUCUGUCUUAUGAAGAUGGUUCUAAGUACUGGUAUAAAUAUGACAAUGAGGUUCAACCCGGUACUACCUUCACAUAUAUAUGGAAGGUGCAUUCUAUGGUUGGGCCAAAGCCAGAUGAGUCUCACUGUCGUACCUGGGCCUACUAUUCAGGUGUUAAUCCUGAAAGGGAUAUGCACUCGGGCUUGAUUGGGCCUUUGCUGGUGUGCCGAGAGGGCACCAUGGACAGAGAGUUAACAGACAUGAGGGAGUUCGCACUGCUUUUCAUGACCUUUGAUGAGUCGCAGAGCUGGUACUAUGAGAAGAACCGUGAGAUUAUACAGAGGAAAAACCGAAGGAGAGUUAUGGACCCCAACUUCAAGGAGAACCUCAAGUUCCAUACCAUCAAUGGCAUUAUAUACAACUUGAAGGGCCUGAGGAUGUACACCAACCAGCUUGUGUGCUGGCACCUGAUCAACAUGGGUUCUCCCAGAGACUUUCAGAGUGUCCACUUCCAUGGACAGACUUUCCUCCACAAGAAGACCACCAGCUACCGACAGGCUGUCUACCCACUACUUCCUGGGAGCUUUGCUACUCUGGAGAUGUAUCCAUCCAAACCUGGCCUGUGGCAGCUGGAGACAGAAGUUGGUUUCAACCAACAGAAGGGCAUGCAGACUCUCUUUUUGGUUCUAGAUAAUGACUGCUACCGUCCAUUGGGUCUACAGUCAGGCAGUGUAAAAGAUGACCAGAUUACAGCAGUCAAUACUAGAGGAUACUGGGAGCCUCAUCUUGCCAGAUUGAACAAUCAGGGUAAAUACAAUGCAUGGAGCACACAGCAGAAUGCCAGCUGGAUCCAGGUUGACUUCCAGAGGCCAGUUGUGAUCAGCCAAGUGGCCACCCAGGGAGCCAGGCAGCUGUUCCAAUCCCAGUUUGUGGUUAAAUACUCUAUCUCCUACAGCACUGAUCGUCGGAAGUGGAUCUUCUAUAAGGGCGACAGCAGAGACCUGAGAAAAGUAUUCACUGGGAACCAGGAAGCAUAUGAGGCAAAGAGAAACACCUUCUUUCCUCCUCUGGUUGGACGGUUCGUUAGGCUCCACCCUAUCAACUGGUACAACAAGGCUACAGUCCGCAUGGAGUUCUAUGGCUGUGAGCUUGAUGGCUGCUCAGUGCCUCUGGGGAUGGAGAGCGGACUGAUAAAAGACCAUCACAUCACAGCCAGCUCCACAGCUUCCAGCUGGUACUCGGGACCCUGGAGACCCUCCCUUGCCCGCCUCAACAGACAAGGCACCAUUAAUGCAUGGCAGGCUGAGCAUAAUGACAUGAACCAGUGGCUUCAGGUGGAGCUGCCCCAAAUUAAAAAGAUCACAGGCAUCAUAACACAAGGAGCUAAGUCUCUGGGGAAAGAGAUGUAUGUCAUCUCCUACACUCUGCAGUACAGCAGCAAUGGGAUACACUGGAACCACUACACAGAUGAUGAGGGCCUCCCUUUCAAGACUUUUGUUGGAAACACAGACAACAACGACCAUGUGAAGAACUACAUCUACCCUCCUAUAUUCUCCCGCUUCAUCCGAAUCCUCCCCAAUAGCUGGAUGAGCUCCAUCACCAUGAGAAUAGAACUGCUGGGCUGUGACUUUGAGUGAUGCACACACACACACACACUCACACACACGCAUGCACACACACACACACACACACACACACAUACACACACAAAUCCAUACCAAAUGAUGACAGGUCAGGGCCACCAUUCACAUCUACAUCCAAAUAAAGAUGCAUGCAAAACACUUUAACACACAUGUAGUCUAUGCCCAAAUCCACUUUCGCACAUAUGGUCAUGUACUGAGGAUGCUACAAAUGUAAAUAUACUAAAUGUAAUUCUUUGCAUGCAAGUAAAAGCAAACACAUACAUACAUAUAGUGCAUUUAUUACUUAGGCCAUUUCUUGAAUGUCAUGCAGCUUGUGAAACUAAACUGUUACAUAAAUGAGAACUCCUGCCACUGGAAAAUUUCAGUUUCUUUCUUGCCCGGUUUGAAUGUUGAAAACAAAUAGGAUGCAAAAAAAUCAAUGUCUUACUAUAUAGUUUAUAGUGUUUUAUUAUACAAAUACAUGCCCAGUUAAAUCUUCAAAACUCAUUGGUAAGUGCAGUAAGUAUGAGUAAUCUUAACUCUUUUGUCAAUAGUUGUAUGUUUUUUUUGGAAAAC